UCCCCCAACUGUCCAACGCGUUCCAUGACCAUAUUGCUCCCAUUACUGAGUUUAGUUGAGAUGCAUCGGUUUGGCAAGUGGGUGAAGCCUAUAUAAGGAGAGCUUUCAUGCAAACGGAUAGCAAAUUAAGCUGUAAUAUCAAGGAGCCAUGGGUGCCUCUUCGAAAUGGCUCUCUUUGAGUCUUCUUGUCCUCUGCAUUGUCCUCCAAUUGAGCUCAAUCACUACUCUUGGAGAUGACAAGCUUGACAAAACUAGAUUCGGUGACCAUGACUGUGGAUAUGGGGGCCGACGAGGAUGUGGUGGCAGGUGGGGUGGUCGUCGACCUUAUGGUCGUGGGCCUUAUGGUCAUGGUCCUCGUGGAGGUGGCGGCGGUUUUGGUGGUGGAGGAGGUGUUGGUGGUGGGGCUGGAGGCGGUGUUGGUGGUGGUGGUGGUUUUGGCGGAGGGGGAGGAGGUGGUGUUGGAGGUGGGUCAGGUCAUGGAGGAGGUUUUGGAGCUGGGGGAGGUGUAGGUGGUGGAGCAGGAGGAGGCAUUGGUGGUGGAGGUGGAGGUGGUGCAGGUGGUGGUGGAGGAGUCGGUGGAGGUUCAGGCCAUGGUGGAGGCUUUGGAGCGGGAGGUGGUGUAGGAGGUGGCGUUGGUGGGGGUGCUGGAGGAGGAGGUGGAGGGGGAGGAGGAGGUGGUGGUGGUGGUGGUUUGGGGGGAGGAUCCGGCCAUGGGGGCGGAUUUGGUGCAGGUGGUGGAGUAGGAGGUGGAGCUGGCGGUAGUGUUGGAGGUGGAGGAGGAGCUGGAGGUGGUGGCGGUGGUGGUGUAGGUGGAGGGUCAGGUCAUGGUGGUGGGUUUGGUGCAGGUGGUGGAGUCGGAGGAGGAGCUGGAGGUGGUGUAGGAGGUGGAGGAGGAGCUGGAGGUGGUGGCGGUGGUGGUAUAGGUGGAGGGUCAGGUCACGGCGGUGGGUUUGGUGCAGGUGGAGGUGUUGGAGGCGGUGCUGGUGGAGGCGCAGGGGGUGGUGGCGGCCAUGGAGGAGGGUUUGGAAUUGGAAUUGGCAUCGGAAUUGGAGUUGGAGCUGGUUCUGGUGCAGGUAACGGAUCCGGAAGCGGGUCUGGGAGUGGUGGAGGUGGUGGACGUUAAAACAUUUUGUCCCUCAAAAUCAGUCUUAGAGUCGAGUUGUCUUGUUAUGGGAAAGCUUAUGGGCAGUACUACUGAAGAUUGUAAUUCCGUAAUCAAAUGAGAAAUGUCAUAAUAUUAUAAUUAAAUUCCCUC